AGACUCCGCCCCUGGGCGGGGCCUGGAUGCGGCCGGAGCCGAGCCGCGCUGGAGCCGGAGCCCCAGCCCUCAGGCGCCACUGUCAGGACCUGACCGGACCUGACCGGACCCGACCAUCCCGCAGCGCCCCGCCCCGGCCCCCUCCGCGCCCUCCCGCCUCCAGGUCCUGCCGUCCCGCCGACCGUUUGGGAGCGAACCCGUCGUCCCGCACUCGGAGUCCGCGAUGGCUUCAGUGACGGAUGGUAAAACUGGAGUCAAAGAUGCCUCUGACCAGAAUUUUGACUACAUGUUUAAACUGCUUAUCAUUGGCAACAGCAGUGUUGGCAAGACCUCCUUCCUCUUCCGCUAUGCUGAUGACACGUUCACCCCAGCCUUCGUUAGCACUGUGGGCAUUGACUUCAAGGUGAAGACAGUCUACCGUCACGAGAAGCGGGUGAAACUACAGAUCUGGGACACAGCUGGGCAGGAGCGGUACCGGACCAUCACAACAGCCUAUUACCGUGGGGCCAUGGGCUUCAUUCUGAUGUAUGACAUCACCAAUGAAGAGUCCUUCAAUGCUGUCCAAGACUGGGCUACUCAGAUCAAGACCUACUCCUGGGACAAUGCACAAGUUAUUCUGGUGGGGAACAAGUGUGACAUGGAGGAAGAGAGGGUUGUUCCCACUGAGAAGGGCCGGCUCCUCGCAGAGCAGCUUGGGUUUGAUUUCUUUGAAGCCAGUGCAAAGGAGAACAUCAGUGUAAGGCAGGCCUUUGAGCGCCUGGUGGAUGCCAUUUGCGACAAGAUGUCUGAUUCACUGGACACAGACCCGUCGAUGCUGGGCUCCUCCAAGAACACGCGUCUCUCGGACACCCCACCGCUGCUGCAGCAGAACUGCUCAUGCUAGGCAAGGCCCACCUUCCUGACCUCCCCUCAUUGUGGCCCCACACCCAGUCUGCUUCUCCCUGUUAUACACUGUCCACUCUCAGCCCACUCUCCCUGUUACACACUGCCCACACUCAGAGCAAGAUGAGUUGCUGCUAUUCUUUGCCUGCCCCUGGGGUUCUCUGCAGAUGGUCCCAGUAAUAGAUACUCAGCACUAGACUAACAGGACAGGUCACUACACGGGUGGGGAAUCACUUUACAAAAGAAGACUCUGUUUUACCAAGGGGAUUCACUACAGGGACUUAGAAAACAGUCUCUUCUCUGCCUUUAAAAUGAGAGUUCCUCCAUUUAGCAAAAUUUGACGCACACACAUUCUUCAGGGGCAUGCCAAUUGCGUAAAGUGAGGCUCGCCUGCAUAGCUAAUCCUGUUAAAGACAACUUCUCAAAGCACAACGUGCUUGUUUCCCAUCGGGCUCCCUGUGGAGCUUUCUCUCACUACAAGUCAAGCUUGGGCCCUCAAAGCCCUGUGCCUGUUACCACCGAUGCCCACAGGGCCGGGGCAGUUGCUGUGGCGACAGGAAGAGCUAAUCUUCAGAGAGCGCAGACUCUCUAAUGAUGCUGAAGGAGCAAAGGCUGAGCCAGAAACACACUUAAGAGAAGGGAUUAUCCCCUACAAAACGCCAGAGGUUCCUGCUAUAUGAAAGAGCAAGUAGGUAUGCUCAAGAAAGACAAACAGAGAAAAAGAGAAACAGGCAAGAUCAAGAAACAGAUCACGAGUUUCUGAUUUUGCUGCUUUCCAGUUGGUUCUUCACUGUGGGAACUUAGUGAAAUUGGUUAUUGGUUCUUAGACUCCUAGAACCUGAGGAUUUUAGAUUUGAUGGGAUUCCCAAAUUUACCUAGUCUGACUAGUCAGGUCUAACCUUCCUUUUUCUGACAAGUGACUGUCAAGCCUAACAAUCAAAUCUCUUUCUUGUAAAGCACACCUUCUAGGCAGGGACAGGAGCUCAUUUUCCACACCAUCUUUGUCAACUCUCAUAGAAAGUUUUCCUUGCUUCAAGCUCAAAUCUGCCUCCUGGAAAUUCUUCUUCUUCUUCCCUCCCUGUUGGUACCAGCUGUGCUGUCAGAGACUUCACAGUCUGUGCUUCCUCUGCCCUGUGACACCUUCAGACUAUUUGAGAACAGGAAUCAUGACUCCUGGGACUUGCCUUUUCUCUAGGUCAAAUACCUCUAUAAUUCCAUCUGCUGUUCUUCACAGGGUCUUCUCCCUAUCUUGCCCCUUUCCUCCAAUCCAUCUUUUAACUGCUCUUGAUCAGUCUAACUGAGAAGUAUGAUUCAAAGCAAAAUAAAUCUUAAGGUGGCAUGACCCUGAAAAAAUUGAGAAAAUUGAACUCAGAGAUCCUGAUCCCAACCCCUUUCUCCUAGGAGUGAAACCUUAGUUUCUACCAGAGAGCAUGGGAAACCACUUCUGGUGGAAGCCCCUUAAUUAAACACCUGAGGAAAAAAAGAAAAGAAACUCAGAGACCA